AUGAGCGCUGCGGUUCAUCAGCAUGUCGAAGAGCACUUCGAUAUCCAUGAGGAUUUGAGGACGGAGGAUACGGAGAUGAUGGUUGAAGAGGAGCGCACUGAAGAAGCAGCUCCAAUAGAUGAAGACGAACGCGUUCAGUCAUUCCAGCAGGCGCAUCAACAACAGCACAUUCAGCAAUUGCAACACCAGCAACAGCACGCCCAACACCAACCGCAACAACCGCAAGAAGAGCCCCAGGAAGAGGAAGAGGAGGAGGAGGAGGAGGAGGAGGAGGAGUCUGAAGACGAAGCCGUUGACCGGACCGUUCAAGCAGACAUGGAAAAGUUACAGAAUGACUUUCCUGGUUUUCGCAAUCGGUAUCGGUUGAUCAAACGCAUCGGUGAAGGAACCUUCUCUACCGUCUACAAAGCCGAGGAUAUUAUGUACGACCACUACGACAACAGCUGGGACUAUGAAGACGAUUCCUCAAAAUGGACACCACCGCCCAAAGCAACCGACAGUCCUGUGUCUCACCGUCCCCGUCGCAAGGCACGUUACGUUGCAAUCAAGAAGAUCUACGUCACCUCAAGCCCCUCGCGAAUUCUUAACGAGCUUGAACUACUCCACGAUCUACGUCAAUGUCCCUCCGUCUGUCCUCUCAUCACCGCAUUCCGCGAAACCGACCAGGUCGUGGCUAUCCUGCCUUACUUUCGACACGGAGACUUCCGCACGUACUUUCGUGACUUGACUAUUGCAGAGAUCUCUGUCUACCUGAGAGAACUCUUCACCGCCCUGAAAAGUGUUCAUGAUCAUAAGAUUCUUCACCGCGAUAUCAAGCCUACCAAUUUCCUGUACGACCCAGGUACACAGCGCGGUGUCUUAGUCGAUUUUGGUCUUGCCGAGAGGGAAGGGUCUGAUGCCAAGCCUUGUCUUUGUCACGAGUCCCGAGAAGUCCGAAAGCAUCGCCAAACAAACUCAGUCUGGGCGCAGAAUGCUGCGACUCCUCAGGCAGGAUAUCCCAAGUCUGACACACGAUCAUCCCGACGUGCCAAUCGCGCUGGAACAAGAGGGUUCCGUGCCCCUGAGGUUCUCUUCAAGUGCACGGAGCAGACUACAUCCAUCGAUAUCUGGUCUGCCGGCGUUAUCCUACUUACCAUUCUAUCUAAGCGCUUCCCAUUUUUCAAUUCGGCCGACGACGUUGAAGCAAUGAUUGAGAUAGCGACUAUAUUUGGUACUAAACGCAUGAAGGCUGCAGGUUUACUGCAUGGGUGUGUCUUCGAGACCAGCAUUCCCACCGUCGGUCAAGGAGGCUUCUCGAUGGAGAAGAUCAUCAUGUGGAGCACAUGCAGAGGUGAGGAAAAGCCUUUGACCGGAGAGGAAAAGUUGGCCAUUAACUUCCUCGAAUGGUGUAUGGAGCUGGAUCCUGGCAGGAGAAUAACGGCCGCGGAAGCAUUGAACCACGAUUUUCUUCUCUUGGGCGACAUUGAAGCCGAGAGGCAAGAGAACGAGCAAGGAAUGGCGGGGCAUUAA